ACUACCGAGGGACGAUGUCGGGGAGUGUCGUGGUGGAGGACAUGGCGAAUGGACUCAACGAAUGGCGCAACAUCCAAGAGGUUGUGCGCUUUACCUUCAAGUACCUCACCGAGAAGGUCCAUGCCCAAGAGCAUACCCUGGCUGCACAGGCCGAGGCCAUCUCCCGCCUGGAGCGCAUGCUGGAGCAAAAGGCGUCGCGUGGGGAGAUGCAGGGCCUCCUCGCCCAGAAAGCAAACGCCACAGACAUUCACGGCAUCAACCGUCGUCUUACAGAGCUCAACAAGGUGCUGGACUCCAAGGCCGAGGCCUCUGAGGUGGUGGCCAUGCUCGAUCGCAAGGCCGACCUUUCUGAAGUGGCGGACCAGUUCUCCGAGGUCAUCCAUGUGCUGGACGCCAAGGCCGACGUGCGGCUGGUGGAAGAGCAACUGAGGCGGAAGGCCAACGCCGAAGAGAUGGCACUGGUCCUGGAGCGCAAGGCCAACCGCGAGGAGAUGCUUCUCGGCCUGGCGGAGAAGGCGUCGCUAGGCGAUGUGCAGAAGGCAACGCGGGUGAUCGAGACCAAGGCGUCUGUGGCAGACGUCAACGCACUGCUGGAGCAAGUGGCUCGGUCAAUUGAGAACCUGUCGUCAGAGCUGGGGACUAAGGCUGACGCCCGCGAUGUGGUGGCCGAGCUCGACAAGAAGGUCCACAUCUCGGACCUGCAGUCGCUGCUGGACCUCAAGGCCAACAUUGUGGACGUCAACGAGUCGCUCAACCUCAAGGCAAACAAGGAUGCGGUAGCGGCGGCGCUGCAGCUUAAGGCCAAUGCGGCGGCGGUGGAGGAGCAGCUGGCAAGCAAGGCGUCGAUUGCCGACGUCAACACGGUGCUGGCCAAGAAGGCCGACGUCGAUCUUGUCAAUGCUGCGCUAGAGAAGAAGGCCACGCCAGAGGCGGUUGCUGAGCUCCUCGAGGCACGCAUUGCUGAGCUCAACGCGGCGUUUACCAAGGAGCUGUACGGCCGGCCAUCGGCCGCUGAUCUGGAGGGCAAGCUGGCGGCGAUGGAGCACGACAUUGCACACACGCAGGAUGUGGUGACGACGCUCGCUCCGGCGGCAGACCUCAACGCGCUUAAGCGCGACGUGCUCAACGACAAGCACGAGAUGCAGAACAAGCUUGCGGCUCGGGUCUCAGAGCUGCAGCUGAACAACACACUCGGGCGGACAGUGGCCGAGCUCCGGGCCGAGAUCAACUCGCUCUCGGUCGAGCUCAACUCGGCGCUUGCCGGCAAGAUUUCCAACGCCCAGCUCUCGGACGCGCUGACGACGACGAUGACCAAGGCGGUCGAGUCUGCGGGCGGCGAGGCUGCGGCAGCGCGGGCGCACGAGCUCGAGGAGCUGCGGUCACACUUGGCGGCGCAGCUGGCGACCAAGGCGCACAAGCGCGACGUUGACGACGUGCUGGAGAAGAUGGAGCGGCUCCGCGAAGCCACGAUUGCCGAGCUUGAGUCCAAGGUGGAGAUCUCCAAGUUUGACGACGCGGUUGUCAACAUGAACGAGGCCAUCAACCGCGAACUGAUGAACAUGACCGGGGUGAUCAACACCAAGGUCGAUGCGUCGACAAUGGACACCAACUUGCGGCUGACGGUCGACUCGCUCGAGUCAAACGUCGUCGCCGCCAUCCGUGAGCAGACGGCGGCGACGAUGUCGGUCAUGGACGAAGCGCUGGAGACCUCGGGCCGCGAGCUGCGGGCCGAGCUCGAUGUGGCGCUCGCAAGUAAGGCCAAUGUUAAGGACGUGGCCUCGCUGCUGGCGGGCAAGGCCGACGCGCGCGAGCUGGCCGAGCUCGAGGCGCGGCUGUUUGGCCCGGCUGACAGUGCGUCAGGCGCGGCCGGCCGGCCAGCGACCACACGCGAUUUGGACGAGCUCAAGCACGAGCUGCAACUCAAGGCGUCGCUGCAGGACGUCAUCACACUGACCGACGCCAAGGCAUCGGUUGACGACGUCAACCGCGCGCUGGCGAGCGUGACCAAUGAGCUGGCGGCCAAAGCGCCGCUGGCCGACGUGGCGCGCAUCGAUUCGGAGCAGGGCCGCGUCCUGGAGGCGCUUUCGGCCGAGCUCAUGGUCGGCCGCUGGUUGUGGAAGUCCGGCAAGACCAAGGGAGGACACGGCAUUCCGUGGAACGUGCAGAUCCUCAACUCGGCGCCUGACGUGUUCGUGUGGGGCAAGGACAAGGUCAAUCUCGUGGCCACUCUUCCAGGCCUCUACCAGGUCUCGGCCGGAUUCUUUUCCGCCGCCAAGCCCUCCAUCCAGCUGCUGGUCAAUGGUGAGCCGGUGCUUUCUGCCGUCAACUCGUCAUCGUACGUCAUCCACCACUCGUCUGGCCGUCUUGCCGCCAUCGACGACCACCCGUCAGGUAACGUCACGGGUCUCACCCUCAUCGACUUUCUCUCGCUUCCUGCCAACGCCCGCAUCGCCCUCUCAUACAAGGGCGAGGCGCCUGGCGAAGGCUUCCUCGAGCUUCGCAAGCUGUAG